AUGGUUGUUUUUCUCCUCUUACUGGUCCCACCAAUCAAGGACAUCACUACUGCACUCAUCACUUAUAAAUCCCCGCAAGCAGUAGCAACUCACAUUACUAACCGUGGAACUUUGCUCUGCCCUCAUUCAGCCUUGGGUGGAUUGAACAUGUCGUCUUGCCGUUUCGCCCAUACUGACAUCAAAUUCCCAGACUUCUCAUAUUACCGUAGAGAGAGUACUUUGGAUACUCAAAAAGCUGCACGAGAUACCGAAGACCAACGGCGAUCUCUUUUCCACUCCAUUUACUACGGAGCUGGUGGAGCGAUGGCACUCUGGGCCGCCAAAGAAAUAAAUCUCAUCAAUGUGAAAUUCAAGUUUCAUUUUCAGUGGAUACCUGCUGAUCAGAUUGCCUUAUCCACGAUUGAGGUGAAUUUGGACGAGAUUCCCGAAGGCGAAACGAGGACUUUUAACUGGCGUGACAAGCCGGUUUUCGUCAGGCAUCGCACACAGGCCGAGAUUGAAAGAGAGAGAGCUGUGGAUCUGUCCGAAUUACGCCACCCCGAACAUGAUGAUCAGCGUGUGAAGAGACCGGAAUGGUCUGUAUUGCUUGGAGUUUGCUCCCAUCUCGGAUGUGUACCUACAAUAGGUGCCGGUGAUUACGGUGCCUACUUCUGUCCAUGUCAUGGAUCACAUUUUGAUGCGUCUGGACGAAUACGAAAGGGACCUGCUCCGUUGAACAUGGAAGUGCCUGAGUAUACAUUCAAGGGAAACACUCUUUUGAUCGGUUAA